AUGGUCUUCGAAGGAAGUUCCCAACAUGGAUGGAUUCUGCCUUCAGCUAGAUGUAGGACUGCUUCUCUUGCUACUCUGCGUACUACGCUCCUGGACAUUCAUCCACCGGAAGAACAAGACCCCCCUGAUCAAUUUACUUGGGGAACACGGGGUAACAGAUCCCCUCUCUUCUCCAUCAAGGCGACAUGGGAGUUUGUGCGCGACUCUGCUCCUUUGGUUUCUUGGGAAAAAGCGGUGUGGUUUAAGUAUGCUGUGCCUAAACACGCUUUUCAUUUCUGGGUCACUAAUCUUGACCGGCUACCGCUCAGAGAAAGGUUGGAAAAAUGGGGUAUAUGUGUUCAAGAUACUUGUUGUCUCUGCGGGCUAGCGCAAGAAACAAGAGAUCAUGUGUUUCUUCACUGUGGAGUAGCAUCUCAGCUAUGGGACAUGAUCAUGCUGCGGCUCGGACAGAGAGGUCUAACCUUCGUGGACUGGUCCUCUCUAAUUGAUUGGAUGAUAUCUGAUACUGCAGGUUUAUCACCAGUCCUCAAGAAGCUCACUGUACAGAAUGUCAUUUAUUCCCUCUGGAAGGAAAGGAAUUGCAGACUACACAACGCUGGAUCAGACACUACGAUAGGGCUAUUUCGGAAGAUCGACCGGUCUCUUCGGGAUGUCUUACUGGCUUGCUUACCCCAUAAGCGAUGUCAGGACCUUAUUGCUCAAUGGUUUGAGUUCGGGUAG